AGGACCUUUUCAGAGAUGUUGAGGGCCUGUGAAGAAGGCAAGGGAGCCAGUUGCCUCUCUGCUCCCCUGCUCGCUGCUGCCAGUGAGCUCCAAGGCUCCAUCAGGGCAUUUUCUCUUUCUAGGUUGGAGUGGAGUACUCUGAUCCCUGCAUGGCUCCGACAUCGGCAGUUAGGGUUGCACACGAAAGGCCAACACUUUAUGCUAGAGGAUUCCAUCUUCUGGAUCUUUGGGGGCUCCAUACACUAUUUCCGUGUGCCCCGGGAAUACUGGAGGGAUCGCUUGCUCAAGAUGAGAGCCUGUGGCUUGAAUACCCUUACCACCUAUGUCCCAUGGAACCUCCAUGAGCCAGAAAGAGGCAAAUUCAACUUCUCUGGGAAUCUGGACUUAGAGGCCUUUGUCCUGAUGGCUGCAGAAAUUGGGCUGUGGGUGAUUCUGCGUCCAGGCCCUUACAUCUGCAGUGAGAUUGACCUUGGAGGCUUACCCAGCUGGCUACUCCAGGACUCUGGCAUGAAACUGAGAACAACUUACAAGGGCUUCACUGAGGCAGUGGACCUUUACUUUGAUCACCUAAUGUCCAGGGUGGUGCCCCUCCAGUAUAAGCAUGGAGGGCCCAUCAUUGCUGUGCAAGUAGAGAAUGAAUAUGGUUCCUAUGACAGAGAUCCUGCUUACAUGCCUUACAUCAGGAAGGCCUUAGAGGACCGUGGUAUCAUAGAACUGCUCUUGACUUCAGACAACAAGGAUGGCCUAAAGAAGGGAAUGGUCCAUGGAGUACUGGCCACCAUCAACUUACAGACACGAGAGGAGCUGCAGUUAAUGAACACCUUUCUCAUGAGUGUCCAGGGGAUUCAGCCUAAGAUGGUGAUGGAGUACUGGACAGGGUGGUUUGACUCAUGGGGAGGCCCACACAAUAUCCUGGAUUCCUCUGAAGUUCUGGAAACAGUGACUGCCAUCGUUGAUGCUGGCUCAUCCAUCAACCUCUACAUGUUCCAUGGAGGAACCAAUUUUGGCUUUAUAAAUGGAGCUAUGCAUUUUCAUGAAUAUAAGUCUGAUGUCACUAGCUAUGACUAUGAUGCUGUGCUGACAGAAGCUGGAGAUUAUACAGCCAAAUAUUCAAAGCUUCGAGAAUUUUUCGGCUCCUUCUCAGAUGCCCCUCUACCUCCCCCUCCUAAACCUCUUCCCAAGAUGACCUAUGAGCCAUUGAUACCAGUUGUCUACCUAUCACUGUGGGAUGUCCUCAGUUUCAUAGGGGAGCCAAUCAAGUCUGAAAAGCCCAUCAACAUGGAGAACCUGCCAGUAAAUGAUGGGAAUGGACAGGCCUUUGGGUACAUUCUGUAUGAGACCGUCAUCACCUCAUCUGGCACCCUUAGUGGUGUUGUACGUGAUCGGGGACAGGUAUUUGUGGACACAGUAUCCAUAGGAUUCAUGGACUAUAAAACAACGAAGAUUGUUAUCCCCUUGAUUCAGGGUUACACCUUUCUGAGGAUCUUGGUGGAGAAUCGUGGGCGAGUCAACUACGGGAAUAAUAUUGAUGAUCAGCGCAAAGGCAUAAUUGGAAAUCUCUAUCUGAAUGAUUCUCCCUUGAAAAAAUUCAGAAUCUACAGCUUAGACAUGAAAAAGAGCUUCUUUCAGAGGUUCAGCAUUGACAAAUGGACUCAUAUCCCUGAUGUACCUACAUUCCCUGCUUUCUUCUUCUGUGGCUUUGUAAUUGGCUCUUCCCCUUCUGACACGUUUCUGAAACUGGAGGGCUGGGAGAAGGGAGUUAUAUUCGUCAAUGGCCAAAACCUUGGACGUUACUGGAACAUUGGACCCCAGGAGACCCUCUACCUACCAGGUCCUUGGCUGUUCAGAGGAAACAACCAGGUGGGCACACUUCUAGCCUCCUCCUGUUUUACUCAUAACUUCCUUCCCAUCCUUGCACCUGGCAUCAGAUUGCCUCCCUGGGAGCCCUUUGGGAGAGGGCAGAAGUUUCAGGUAGCCUAUUCCUUCCAGAGUUAUUGUUCCAGUUCCUCCCAGUCUGGUUCCCAAACCCAUCCUUUCCAUCCCUCCUGGCUUCCUUAUCUGGCUCCAGGACAGACCUCAUAACUCAGCCCUUCUUUUCCCCCACAGAUCAUCAUUUUUGAGGAGGUGAUGGCAGGCUCUGUGAUACAGUUUACUGACACCCCUUACCUGGGCAGAAACCAGUACAUUCACUAAGCAGCAGCCCUGGCACCUCCUGCCUGGUGAGCUGCUGCCUCCUCCACUCCCCUACAGGAGUGUCUCUGUAGUAGCAACCUCAGGGAGCCCAAAACUAAUUUAUUCCGUGCUUCAGUCUGAAACUCUAGUCCUGGGAAUACUGAAAAGAAAGAUGGAAUGACCCUGGGGCCCUCAGACCUGGAUGGCUUCUCAGCCUGGUUCCGUGGAUGGAGCCUUUCCCUGCUCUUCUGGAAGAGGCCAGAGCGAUGUCUCUGAGGGGAUAGGCAUGUUUAGUUAGAUCACAAAGUGAUGAAACCCUGAGCCCUCAGAAAAGGUGCUGAUGAUAGGAGGGCAUCCUCCCCUGUACUAGUCAUCACAGCCCUGCUGCUUAGUCUUCUGGACAUAGGGUAUGCUCUUCAAAUAUUCUCUGUGGAGCUUGGCCACAUCCUGCAUGGCCCCUUUCUGUUCCUGAAAUCAUGGGUUUGUCGCUAUUAGUAGAUGAGAAAGAAGAAGGGGCAUUUCACCUAAGUCAGUUUUAUUUUUCUUUACCACUUUGAGCUGCCUCUGGGAUUCUGGAAGGAACUGUUUGAGAAAUAACCUGUGUUUUUCUCCUUUCCAUUCCCACUCACUGCAUAUGAUAGGAUGACAAAUUGAGUUUAAGAGAAAUGGAAAUACUUAUCCACUAAUUUUCCUGAAUUAGACAGCAUUUCCAGUUAUACUCAAUGGGAGAUGCAUCAGUUGAGGUGGAAAUGUAGAUCCUACCGGAAAUCACAGCCCAUAUCUGAACUUCCAAGGAGGGAAAGGACAGAAGGCCCAGUUAAAUGUCAUAGGGCAGGUGACCCACACUCCCUGGGAAUUUGGGGAUAGUCACAAAACCUCCAGGCCUAACCCAGGCCUUACCUCCAACUUGGUAAACUCUCUUCCACUGUAACUAACUAGCAGGGGGGGAGAGGCAACCUUCCUCCACAGUUGUCUCCAUGUCCAAAUUGGAGGUUCUUAUUUUAGAGAUUCUAGAGUCCAGUUGUUUAACUCAGGUUCACUCUCCUGGAUUGCAAUAAAGCAAUAGAUUUGAAUCAA